AUGGAAAGUUAUGCUAUGGAUGCUAGUGAAAAGUCUCGUUUAGCUCAACGAAAAGCCAGGUUUUCAAAAGCUGCUAAUGAAAGCAUUUUGGCCAAUCCGCUUGCAGACCGCGGACUUCUGAGUCGAAUGGGGCCAACCAGCAAUAAUAGUUCCAUUAACAAACUUCUAGACAGUUUCAGUGCUAAAGAGAGUCUCCUAGUUGAACUUGAAACCUUGUACACCAAAUCUCCAAAUGCGGAGGUUCUUGGCCAUGGCCUGUGUAAAUUGCGGCAGAUAAUAGUCAGUAACGGUGCAAAGGAAUUUGCAACUGACCAAGCACUAAGCGACUUGUCAUAUCGCUUAUUUAAACUGUCUGUUGAGUACCAUUCGAGUCAAGAGCAAUGGUUACAGGUUGGUUUCUGUCUGAAAUAUAUAUCCGACAACCUUGCACACCUCGAGAGCGCUUCAGACUACCAGGCCUGUUUAGUUGUAUACACUGCAUCAAUGGAAUCGGACGCUGCUCUAGCCCUUGAUCGGCUUCAGCAAUAUCUUUCACCGAAGUCGAAUCUCUACCAUAUAUGUCUACAACUAAUUAAGGGUACUGCUUCACCAAACAUCCAAUGGUUUAAAGCCGUAUAUGAAAUGCCAGAAGACUGCAUUCUACGCAAAUUCAUAAUUAGUCAAACUCCAAUUUUUCGCACAUAUCAAGCAGAAACAUUGCGCAUUCUAAGCCGAAGUUAUCGUCAAUUUCCACUGGCGGCAAUUGAGCGUCAGUGGUUUUACGGAUUGAGUUGGAAUUCAACAGCAAAAAAGGAACUGGAAAAGUGGCCAGUGGCCAAUGGAAUAGUAAAAUUCUUCCAGACUACAGGAACUCGCUAG